AUGUCACACCCUAACUUUACCGCGGACGACUUUGCAAAGUGGAACCAGACCAGUUCCUGCUUUCGCCUCCCCAAACGGCUGGUCGGCAAGGACGCCGUAAAAGAUGUUAGGGUAGAUUUAAUUAAGGCCAUUGGGGCUGAGAGGGUCUCUGCUGUUCAGGCGUUGCCUGACCAUCAGUAUCGGAUUGCAUUCACCUCUUCCUCCUAUAAGAUGGGUUAUGACCUUAAUGGGCUUAGUUUUCGCGGUGUCAACAUCACACCAACCCCGGCAUAUGAGCAGCUCAUGAAUGUCUUUGUUGACAGAGCUCCUCUCCAUAUGCCCAAUGAUUAUAUUUCAUCUGCUUUGUCAGCAUAUGGCCGUGUAGUUGGCGUUCGGGAUCUUACCGUUAAAGGCUACCAGGCUAUCCGCACUGGGACGCGUAUGGUCACCAUGUCCCUUCUUCGACCCAUUCCUCUGGUAGUCAAGAUAGCCAAUUUCCCGUGUUCAGUACGCUACAGAGGUCAGCCACCGUAUUGCCUAGCUUGCAACACUUUUGGGCAUUUUUCCCGCCGUUGCCAGGGCAAGGCGAAGCAGCUACCUGUAAACGCUCGGGCGCCUGUUCAGCGCACCCAGCCUAUGGAGGCGUCCUCGCCUCAUUCAUCUUCACCAGCAGCCUCCACUGUUCAUGUACAUGCCGCUCCUCCUGUAUCAGAUGAUCUGCCAGUGGAUUCCGCUAUUGUUGCUGUCCCUCCCACCGGGAUGGAGCUGGAUAGUGACGCUGGCACUGCUGGUACCUGUUCUUCUGAGGAUGUCACUUCUCCUCAGCCCAAGCAAUUGGUCAUCACGAUUAGUGAGUUUCGGGAGUCGCUUGCGGUUACGCAGGACUUCUCCUGCCAGCGCGAUGUGUCGGUCGUGCCGCGGCUCUCACACACUCGUCAUUCGCCAAAGCGCCUGCAGAAGCCUCGGUCGACUGCGGGGGCUAAAAAGUCUUUUUCUUUGUCCGUGCCCGUUACGGGUCUUCCAUCCUCCCCGGCUAGCUCGCCUCAGCAUGCUGCUGAAGCGCACGGCUUAUCAGACUCGGUCGUGCCUGAUACGCCUGUUUUAUCUCGUCGCUCCGGCAAAAUUACACGGACUAAGCACAUUCGGGAACGGAGGCUGUUUAAAUCAAGCCGUCAUCUGUCGGUAACAAAGUCUCCUUCCUCUACUACAGUGGCUGUCGCCCAACACCACACAGUGGAAACGUCUGUGGUUUGCACGGAUGCUUCUGUUCCAGCACAGUCUCCUGUAACCACCAGUAACCGUUUCUCCCUCUUGGGGGAUGAAGUGGAUGAUUUGGCUUCCCUUGCAGGGACCGUUGUCGAUCCGCUCGCCAGUCCUUUGCUGGUCAAUGGUGCUGCCGAGCUGGUUGAUCCUGCGUCUCCAUCCGGUAUUCAACCACCUGUACCUUCUGGCGAUCUUGCAGCCGCUGCGGGUCCAUCUGACGCUGAUGCGUCCCUAUCCGCGCCGUCACUGCAGCUGCAUUUGUCUCUGAGUGAGCCACCUGCUACGCAUAAUGAGCCUGUUAUUUCACCGGCUCUUCCUUCCUCUUCUGCCGGCACUUCUGUGGGUCAUACGCCAGUACGCACUACUCCACCUGUGCCUUCUGUGCCUACAUCAGAUGACGCUGCCACUUCUGCUGCAGAAUUUUCUCCGCCCCCUGUGCCCUUCCGGCAGGCCUCGGUUCCUGCUCUAAAUUCUGGUUCUGCUGGUUCUCCAGCUGCGGAUUCCAACUACUCUUUUGCUCUGGCUGGUUCUUUGGCUCGAUCGUUUUUGUCAGAGGAGGAUGAUCCUCUGUCUUCGCUUCCUUCUGCUUCCGGGCAGCAGCAGCAGGAUGCUUUAGCUGAUCAGUCUCUGGUCAGACUUUUUAACAAUAAUAAUAAUGUAUAACUUACUUACAUUAAAUAUAAACGGUCUUAAUGACCAUAUAAAACGGACAGCUCUAAUUGAUUGGCUGAAAUGCAUGCAAGCAGAUAUUGUUUGCCUUCAAGAGACGCAUGCAUCUUCUCACAGUACCAUCUUGAGCUGGUUCCGUCAUUCUGGUUUUCGGGUGGCCUCAUCUUCUUUUUCAAAUAAGCGAUGUGGGGUCGCCAUUUUAAUUAGAGAUAUAUAUACAUUUACUCAGGUUCGUAAGGACGACGAUGGUCGAUUCUUGCAGGUCGAGAUCGACAUCGACGGGAACAAGUUACGCUUUGUUUCUUUGUACGCGCCAAACAAGAAUCCGGCACGCAACACCUUUUUUGCGAACCUACCAGAUUUUAUUGAUUUGGCAGUACCCACUUUCCUUUGCGGUGAUUUCAAUGCCGUCCUGGACCCGGACUUAGAUAGGCGCCGCCAUCCGUCUUAUGCCGGUCCUUCUCAGGCGGCCACGGCCCGUGAAAGUGUUGCUGCCUUACAAUCCUUGCUUUCUGCCACGCAUACUUUUCCUGUGUGGCGUACCCGUAACCCUACGGAGCGGAUCUUCUCGUGGGAUCAUGCCUCGGGUAAGUUUUCUUCCCGAAUCGACAUGAUCUGGGCACCUUUGGUCUUGGACCAAUCGAUCACUGACUGCCAGUACCAUACCUCCUUUUUCUCAGAUCACCGCUACAUGUUGCUCAAGUUCCAUUUGGGUGACGUGUUUGCGCGUGGUCCGGGGGUAUGGAAAUUCAAUACGUCGCUGCUGGACAGUCCGGAGUAUUGUGCCCUGGUUCGCUCUUUUUGGACUUUUUGGAAGACGCAGGAGUCCUCUUCCACCUUUUCCUCUUCCCUUGAUUGGUAGGAUCAGGGGAAGUUUUUCCUUCGGGAAAUUACUCGUUGUUUUGGCCGUGCUCGAGCUGCCGAACGGUCUAGGACUAAACUGGAUCUGGACGCCAGCUCAAGCGCUUGCAGCGUUUGUUUGACGCCGGUGACUCUUCUGCCUUUUCUCAACUUUGUGCUGUGCAAGAGGAGCUUCGUGCAAUACACCUUCAUGAAGCCAAGGCCUCGCAAGUACGUGCGCGCUGUCGAUGGGCCGAAGAAGGCGAAACAUCCUCCUCUUUCUUUUUAAGUUUGGAGAAAAAGCACCGGGCCAAGCAGGCGAUCGCUAGUAUUCGUGACCCUGACACAGGACUCAUUCAUCAUGAUCCAUUUAAGAUCUUGGCGACAUGGCGCUCCUACUACCAACGCUUGUUCACGGCUGAGGACUGCGAUCGAUCCGAGCAGGACAUCAUGCUGGGUCGUUUAACUCGUCGUUUGAGCAAGCCGGAGGUCGAGUCCUGUGAAGGGGAUUUAUCGGAACCAGAAUGUCGCGCUGCUCUUCAUGGCAUGUCCCGUGGCAAGACGCCGGGUUCUGAUGGAUUCCCGAUGGAAUUCUUCGUUUCUUUUUGGGACCUUCUCGGUCCAGACCUUGUUCGCAUUCUCAACCUUGCACAUCGAACUGGUCAACUUUCCACAUCACAACGUAGAGGCAUCAUCAUUGUUCUGUACAAGACGGAUGAUCGCCUCGAAACUAAAAAUUACCGCCUUAUCAGUCUACUGAACGUGGAUUAUAAAAUUGCAACUAGGGCUAUUUCUGGCCGCCUUUUGGGCGUUAUUGGCUCAAUUGUCGGUUACGACCAAUCGUGUGGUAUCCCGGGUCGUACUAUCUCCGAGAACCUCAUGUUGAUACGUGAUCUCAUUGAGUAUGCUGAUCGGGCAGACAUCCCCCUUGCCAUUCUCUCUCUGGAUCAAGAGAAGGCUUUCGAUCGGGUUGAUUGGUCUUUUCUGCAACGUAUCCUCGUCACGUUUGGUUUUGGCGAUUCAUUCCGGCAAUGGAUCUCCCUUUUUUACACUAAUGUCGAGUCUGCAGUCGUCAUUAACGGCUGGACUUCUUCUUUUUUCAAGCCUUCUCGUGGUGUUCGACAAAGCUGUCCUCUUUCGCCCCUUUUGUAUGUCCUUUGCAUCGAAGUAUUGGCAUGCAGCAUCACUGCUUCACCCGUCAUCGAGGGUGUUCCUCUACCAGGUGCGGAUCGGGUGUUUAAGUGCUCGGGGUAUGCCGACGACACAUCUAUUGCGGCUACCACUGACACUUCGAUGCAGGCCACUUUCGACAUAUAUCCCCAAUACGAACGGGCGUCUGGGGCUAAGUUGAACCGUGGCAAGUCCAAGGGCUUGUGGUUAGGUGCCUGGAAAGAUCGACAGGACACCCCUUUUGGCAUCAAAUGGGUGAAGAAGUUGUCGUUGCUGGGUGCUACCAUCAGUGCUGGCGAUUACUCCACAGCCACUUGGGAGGCUCCAGUCGCUAAGGUCGAGAAGCGCUUGUCGUCCUGGAAGGGGCGUCAGCUUACCUAUCAGGGUAAGGCGACAGUGAUCAACACCUUGGCCCUCUCCCAGAUCUGGCACUUGUGCCAUGUGUUUACCAUCUCGGAGUGGGCCAAGAAGCGCAUCACCAAGGCUACUUGGGGUUUUUUCUGGUCGGGUCGCCGUGAUUUGGUUGCACGCCGUACCGUUUGUUUGCCCAAGGGUCAAGGGGGCUUUGGCGUCAUUGACUUUGACCUGAAGGCGAAGGCUUUUGUCAUUCAGUGGGUCAAACGUUACUUUGCUCCAACACCUGCUAAAUGGAAAGCCUUUUUUAGUUUCUUUUGUAUGUCGUGUCUGUCCGUCACACCUGUAGAAGUGUUUUCCACUUCCACUUUUCCGCGCAAUUUGAUUGCCCUUCUUCCUCCUUUCUACCAGCACAUCGUCCGGGCAUGGUCCCAGUUUGAUGGUGGUGCUGUUGCUGGCAUUCUCUCGUUGGAUGUCUCUUCCACCACGCCUCGUCCUCUUGUGGAACUCAACUCACACUCGACCUACGUGAUCGGCCGUCGUCGCAUCACUCCCCAGCACCACUGUAUCGGCAAGUUUCUGCCUCGGUACGGGCCGCUGCACUGGUCCGAAACUUGGGACCAGAUCCAUCUUCAGUCCUUGGAUCGUGCAGUCGUUGAUGUGAACUGGAAGAUCGCCCAUGGUGUCCUCUACACUGCUUCCCGCCUC